AUGUCUUCAAACGACAAGUACGGACAACGUGAAGCUGAUCGCGAGGGAAGAGUGAAUGCAGCCAGGGCGAGUGUUCAACAGAAGCACGAAAAAAGCUAUUCAGCUUUGAGAGAAGAACAGGAAAAAGAGUUGGAGCAAGAGAGAUUGAAGUCCAAGAAGCUGGCUGAAGAGAAGAAGGAUGAACUGAUUGAGAUUAGAAAACAACAAGCCCAAGAGCUCGCCGAUUUUGAAAAACAGAUUGAAGCGAAUGUCAAGGAGCAAGUUCAAAAUCGUCAGCAAGAGGGAAGAGAAGAAGCUCAGAGAAGGAAGGUACAACUUGAAAAGCAGCAGAAAGAGCUGGAGAAUCAGGCAGAACUUCGUCGUGCUCAACUGAACGACUCCUCCAAUAUCAUGAAAAAUGGAGAGAAACUCCGCCAAGAGUGUUUGAAUCGUUUGAGAGAUGACCGAAAGAAGGAGCAGAAAGAGAUGAAUGCCCAAAUUCUGGAAAUGAAUCAGAAGUUGCACGAGACGAGAAUCAAGGGAGAAGAACGUCUUCAGGAAUUGGAUGAGAAGAGAAACGAGGAGCAGAAGCAGCAAUUGUUGAAGAAGGAAAGGGUGAUUUUGAAUGGAAUCGCAAACUCAGAGGCGCUCUCCAGAAGUCUGGCAAUUGAAGACGGCUUCGAGCGAUUCAAACAACACACGGUAACUCUCAGAAACAGACAUAGAGGAUUCAGCAAUGAGUAUGAUAGCAUUGAGCCACAAUUGCUCAAAAUGCAUGAUCGUAUGAGGAGAGGAAAGAAUAUUGACUACUGCGAUAUGGAUGAUUUGACCUCGGCACUUCGAGUCUUCAGAGAUCAAGCGGCAGUUUUCAGCGCCGAGGGAUCAACGGCCGAAAACGAUUUCCAGCAACAUAUUGCGGAACUCAUCGAACUCCUCAGGCAGCUGAUGACGAAUAUCAACGGCAUCAAAGCUGCCGCUGAUGAAUACGAUGAUCAAGGAGAAGCCAAUAAUGGUGGAAUUGCCGAGCCACUUUCCAACAUUUCAGAGCUCAUGAAGGCUGUAGGAGUUUUGAUGCAACAAUUCAACGUCAUCGGCCGUGACCAUCUUCAAGAGACUCUGGCUAUUCAAAUGAAGCAAGCCCAAUCUUCAAGACAUCAGGCUCUCGAAGGACCACCAGCCUAUGGAUCUGAAAAGCAGAAAAUUAUUGCUGCUCUCACUGAGAACUAA